AUGGCGGCUCGAGAAAGUAUCAGUGAGAGGACGGAGGUUGGGAGCAUUCAGCCCAUAACCGACGCACUCUUAAAACAUAAACUCGUUAUUGUCACAGGUGCAGGGGUCACACUCAAUGCCACCCAACAAAAAUCCGGGGAACACUUGAAUAAAUUGACUUGGAAUGGAUUGAUUAGAGAUGGGCUUAGCCAUUUAUCCGGCAUGGCAGUUAUUGGCCCAAACAAUCUCAGACUCGGAAGCGCAAAUACUUUACUGGAAAGCGACUCCGCUGGCAGUUCAAUGGAUGCGAUAAAUAUUAUGACAGGUCUGAUGGCUGAAUAUGGCGAGUUACCUUCAUGGCUGAAGAAGACUUUCUCGGGCUUGGAAAUCAAUCAGCCUGCGAUAUUAGAUGUGCUGAGAGACGCGCAUAAAGAAGGGGCUACACUUGUUACCACCAAUUACGACCAUAUUUUGGAUGAUUAUUGCAAGCUUCGAUCGAUCUCUCCCUCUGACAAUCCGGAUGAUAUCAAAAAAUUCAAGAGUGGCGAGUUAGACGGCGUCUUUCAUUUACAUGGAAGCUAUGAGCGGCCACAGGACGUCGUUUUGAACGCCACUGACUACGUUCGGGUUGUGAAUUCUGAAGUGAAGUAUAUGCUUGAAAAGUUCUUGAUGUUCGACACGGUUCUCUUCGUCGGCUGCGGGGGUGGACUUGACGAUCCAAAUUUUGGGCCUCUUCUAAACUGGCUUAAGGAAUAUCAGAAGAAUAUUCCUCAGAGACACUGCACAUUGGUCAGAGCAGGGGACACCUCAGACUACAGGCCACUAAAGAGCUUGGCCUAUGGCCAAAGUUAUUCGGAUAUGGCUGGUUAUCUUCGACAAAUUCUGGAGCCUCUUUCGGAAUUGCGCAAAACGUUGCACGAAAGAACAACUUGUGAUAAUCAUGGCUCGUCCCCCAGUGAGCAACAAACUGUUCUUGACGAUGCAACAAAUAUGACACACCUGCGCUCAGUCACGCCGAUUAUUGAAGACGCUCAAAGAGCAAUGCAGCUUUUCACUGCGGUCAACAAAGCGGACUCCGCUGAUGUGCAUCGGCUGCUGAUGUCUGGAGCAAAUGCCAAGACGAAGAUGGAAAAUGGGUGGGCGGUGUUUCAUGCGGCGGUUAAGGGGAAAAACAAUGAAAUAAUACAAGAUUUGCUGGAUUCUGGUACGAGUAUCAAUGCCAAGAUGAAUAACGGAUGGACGCCAUUGCAUGAAGCAGCUAAGGGAGGGAGGAUGGACAUUGUUCAGCAACUGCUGGAUAAUAAUGCCAUUGUUGAUGCAAGGAUGAAUGAUAGGGCAUAUAUUGGAUGGACACCUCUCCAUGAAGCAGUGAAGAAAAGGGAUAUGGAUAUUGUUCAACUGCUAAUGAACAAAAAUGCCGAUGUCAAUGCAAACUUUGAUAACAGAUGGACACUAUUACAUGAAGCAGUUAAAGGAAGAAGCACGGAAGUUAUACAGUAUUUACUGGAUAAUGGUGCUGAUAUAAGUGCGAAGAUGAACAAUGGAUGGACACCGCUGCAUGAAGCAGCUAAAGGAGGCAGCAUGGAUAUUGUUCAGCGACUACUCGACGUGGGUGCUAAUCCUGAUGCAAGGAUGGAUAAUGGAUGGACGCCAUUGCAUGAAGCAGCCAAAGAGGGCAGCAUGGACAUUGUUCAGCAACUGCUAGAAAAUGAUGCCAAUAAAAAUGCAAGUACGGAUAAUGGUUGGACGCCACUACAUGAGGCAGCCAAGGAGGGAAACAUGGACAUUGUUCAGCAACUGCUGGAUAAUGAUGCCAAGAGAAAUGCAAAAACAGAUAAUGGUUGGACACCUUUACAUGAAGCAGUGAAGAAAAGGGAUACGGAUAUUGUUCAACUGCUAAUGAACAAAAAUGCCGAUGUCAAUGCAAACUUUGAUAAUAGGUGGACACCAUUACAUGAAGCAGUUAAAGGAAGAAGCACGGAAGUUAUACAGUAUUUACUGGAUAAUGGUGCUGAUAUAAGUGCGAAGAUGAACAAUGGAUGGACACCGCUGCAUGAAGCAGCUAAAGGAGGCAGCAUGGAUAUUGUUCAGCGACUACUCGACGUGGGUGCUAAUUCUGAUGCAAGGACGGAUAAUGGAUGGACACCACUGGAAGAGGCGGCAGAGACCGAUCAAGAAAAGUUAUGCAAUGGUUCGCCUGCUAUUCAGACGGCCCGGCUAAAUCAUCUGUCAAAUGCUCUAAUACGUGUGAUGAUCGAUGAUCGCACCGACAUUCCCGAAAUCAGCGUCGUGAGGCUAACGGGUGAUCAGCCAAAGAGCACCAUGCAGCAACAGCAAUAG